AAUCCAGUGUAUGCAUGUGUGUGUUUAAUCCAGUGUAUGCAUGUGUGUGUUUAAUCCAGUGUAUGCAUGUGUGGGUUUAAUCCAGGGUAUGCAUGUGUGGGUUUAAUCCAGGGUAUGCAUGUGUGGGUUUAAUCCAGGGUAUGCAUGUGUGUGUAUCUGGAUUAGUGUCUCCAGUGUGUUGCUCGGGGGAAGGUAAUAUGUUAAUGAGCUUCUUUACCACUUUCUCUUUGCAGAGAUGGUUUGAAACAGUACAACAGAGUGAGGGAGAGAGAGACGGGAGAGGGAGGGGGAAAAGAGGGAGAGACUGGGGGAGAGAGAGCGAGAGAGAGGACGGUGAGCCAAUGAAUAAAGCAAUCUUGCAUUUUCUGCUUUGAGCGCAUGCAUCUCGCUAAGACAUGCCUGCCUCCUCUCCCUCUCAUGUCUUUGUCACUUUGAUCUUUCAUUCUUUGUUGCAUUUCUUUGCUUUCCUCCAUUUAGGUUUACCUCCCCUCUUCCCUCUCUUCCUGUGACUCCCAGUGUCCUUCCCUCUAGGUCCUAUGUUGAUCCUGUGCAAGCGCACUCUCCCGCUCUUUCUCUGUGCGUCUCUCUCUCCCCCUAAAUUCCCUCGUCUUAGUUUCUGACCCACUGGACCCCCCUUCUCUUUAUCCCAUGCAUAGAAACACAUGCACAUGCAAACACACACGCAAACGCAUGCACACACACCACACAGGCAUACUAACACAGACACGUUUAGAGACGCACCACACAGCGAGAGGGACUUCACCAUGGGGAACUCUGUCAAAUCUCACUUCUCCAAGAAGGACCAGAAGAAGAACUACAGAGCAGUGCAGUCCUGUGAGGAGGGGACUGGGGGGGCCUAUCUUGAGCCACUAGUGGCUAUGGCUCAGAACGGAGGCAACAUGCACAACAUACUGGGGCCUGCCUGCAUCUUUCUACGCAAGGGCUUCGCUGAGAGCCGGCAGGCUAAGAAGGAUAGAGAGCUGAGGCCGGAGGAAAUGGAUGAGUUGCGUGAGGCUUUUAAAGAGUUUGACAAAGACCAUGAUGGCUUCAUCGGCUGUAAAGACCUGGGCAACUGCAUGAGGACCAUGGGCUACAUGCCUACUGAGAUGGAGCUGAUUGAACUGAGCCAGCAGAUCAAUAUGAACUUGGGAGGACAUGUUGACUUUGAGGACUUUGUGGAGCUGAUGGGGCCAAAACUUCUGGCUGAAACAGCAGAUAUGAUCGGGGUCAAGGAGCUGAGGGACGCUUUUAAAGAGUUUGACACCAACGGUGAUGGCAAGAUCAGCACAUCAGAACUCAGAGAAGCAAUGAAAAAACUUCUUGGUCAACAGGUUGGUCACAGGGACCUAGAAGACAUCCUGCGGGACAUUGACCUGAAUGGAGAUGGUCACGUAGACUUUGAAGAGUUUGUACGUAUGAUGUCUCGCUGAGUGACAGGUUAAGCACCUGCAGGUCACGUUUCUGACGGGCCCCUUUUCCUGGUAAGAGAGGAAGAGAAGGAGAAGAGAUGCCGGAGUCCUAACCAACGGACCACUUACCUCUGACUUCUGUACAACAGAAGGGGAAAACGACAUAUCAACAACCGCCCUGCUACUGCCACAUCCGAAGACGAGCACAGAAGCUGACGGAACAACGUCAGCGAUCAUGAUGCUGUAUGCUGCUGUCUUUUAGAGCAAAACAGAACAACAGCCAGCCUCCCACAAUUUUACACUGUACAUUUCCGAUAUUAGAGAAAACAUUUGUAGGUGUUUACAGGGGCUAAAGAGCAAUGUGAUGUUUGAGCUACUUACAAUCAUUACCAUGGUUGGUUAAGGCUGUGGGAAAGUAAAGGAGACACAUUGACAUUUUUAGCAUUUUCUCAUGCUAGCGUCUCCCAUAACUAACCUAAAGCACUAUAUUCCCCUCUGGGGCUUUGUACUGCUCAGCUAAACUUUUUAAUGGCAAUAUUAUUUCAAUGUACCUACUGUCAAAAUAUGUAUUGUUCAUGUGUGCUUUCGUGUAUGUUUGUGUGUACCUCAAUUCUCCCAUAUUGUACGAUUCCAUAUGUCUUAAGCUUCUGUAGAGUUAGUUUCAAACCCAAGGCAAAUGCUAGCCAACUGUCUCUGUCUUGAAAUACAUCUCAUGUAUUAGCGCUGAUGCACUUCUUCAGAUUUUAUUAUUAUCAAACACAUAGAGUUACAUUAUACAAGCUUUGAACAUAGAUGGGCAACUGCUUUGAUAAAGGAAAGAGCAUUUUCAUGAAAACCGAAGACUGGGGAAUGGGGUAGCAAUCAUAAUUCAACUGUUUACGUCUGGCCAACCCAAUACCCAAAAAUGUGCACAUUGUUUUGCAUGAAUACUGAGAUUGCAAGCUCCACUUUUGUUUUAACCAGACACACUGUCACGCUGUCACUCCAUACAAAUCAACAAUGUGCACCACAGACAAGCAUACACACUGUAAUUUAUUGUGGUGAUCGACAUAACAUUGAAACCUGUGUCUCUCUAUGUGUGUGAAAUCAGUGUGUAUCUCUGUACUGAUGAGAGUGUGUUUGUGUUUGAGUGUAGAACUUGUGAGUUUUUGUGUGUCUCCCUUAUGCAGUCUUAUUUGUGACUUGAAUUUGUCUUGUGCGAUUCUAUGCAUGCCAAAUACUAAAACAAUGUGUAGCAUAGUAGUUGAGAAUAAAGAGCUUUAUUGCAAUUAUA